GCAGAAGGGGCACUCUGGGUCACACAACUCAGAAAAACACGCACACGCUCAUCGCGUGAGAAAGGUCAAAAGCUUUUGAAAUAACUUUAGCGGCGCGCGAUUUGCUAGACGAGGAGACAUUUACAUUUACACAGCCUCCGAGGAGGAAGAGACACAUCGAUUGUCUCGUCGUCUCAUCAGAAAAAAUGGAGAAUCUACUGGCGAAUUGUGUCGAGAAGAACCUUAGCCAGUUUAUGUUCACAAAUGCCAUCUUCUUCUGCGAACGUCUCCUCGCUGAAUUCCCCUCUGAGGUGAACUUGCAAUUGUUAGCUAGGUGUUAUUUGAGUAACAGUCAAGCUUAUAGUGCUUAUUAUAUCCUCAAAGGUUCGAAAACGCCUCAGUCACGGUACUUAUUUGCAUUCUCAUGCUUUAAGUUGGAUCUUCUUGGAGAGGCUGAAACCGCAUUGUUGCCUAGUGAAGAUUAUGUUGAUGAAGUUCCUGGUGGUGCAGCUGGGCAUUAUCUUCUUGGUCUUGUAUAUAGAUAUGCUGGGAGGAAGAACAGCUCAAUAGAACAGUUUAGGAUGGCAUUGUCAUUUGAUCCAUUGUGUUGGGAAGCAUAUAGAGAACUUUGUAGUUUAGGUGCCGCUGAAGAAGCCUCAACGGUUUUCGGAAAUAGUGCUUUCCAGCGUCUUCAGGAAACUUUUGUCACGCAAAGAAUAAACUUCUCAGAAGGAGCAAACAUAGACCAGCUUACAGAUUCUGAUAAGGCCUCAAGAGAUACAAGUUUAUGGCGAACAGAACAUGUUCCAGGAGAGAACCAACAAGAUCCGAAAAUUAGGCAGCUUGGAGCAGAUAUUCCGCCAGAUACUGACAGGCAACUUAAUACAAAUGGAUGGGACUUGAACACACCUUCUCCGGUGAUUUCACAGGUAUUGGAUGCUCCACCACCUCUGCUUCAUAAGAAUAUGCUUCGUUCAGCAGUGGAAGGAUCUUUGAUGUCUGUACAUGGAGGGCGCCGAAUAAAAUUUAGUGAAGAAAUGUCAGCAGAGGCUACAGAAGGGUCUGGCCGUCGCCGUAGUGCUAGAAUAGCAGCAAGGAAAAAGAUUCCUAUGUCGCAGUCAUUUGGUAAAGAUUCCUAUCGGUUACAUCUUUCACCUUCCGAGUCAAACUGUGUACCUUCUCCUUCCUCGAUGAUUGAAAAAUGCCGAAUCCAAAGCAGCAAGGAAGCGACAACGUCAGGCCAGUCUAUAAGUGACAUUGGAAGCUCUGUUGAUGAUGAGGAAAAUAAAAAUCCUAGUGAAUCUUCCCCUGAUAGUUCCAGCCUCAUUUCUGGAAUCUCGGAAGUGCUAAACCUUCUGAAGAUUCUUGGAAAUGGCCACAGGCAUUUACUUAUGUACAAUUGUCAGGAAGCUUUGUUGGUAUAUCAAAAGCUAUCUCUGAAACAAUACAAUACACACUGGGUUCUCGUGCAGGUUGGAAAAGCAUAUUUUGAGCUACAAGACUACUUCAACGCUGACUCAACCUUUACUCUUGCUCAUCAAAAGUAUCCUUAUGCUUUGGAAGGAAUGGAUACGUACUCCACGGUUCUUUAUCACCUGAAAGAAGAGAUGAGGUUGGGCUAUCUGGCUCAGGAGCUGAUUUCAGUUGACCGCCUAUCUCCAGAAUCCUGGUGUGCUGUUGGGAACUGCUACAGUUUGCGUAAGGACCAUGAUUCUGCUCUCAAAAUGUUUCAGAGAGCUAUCCAACUGAAUGAAAGAUUCACAUAUGCGCACACCCUUUGUGGUCACGAGUUUGCUGCAUUGGAAGAUUUUGAGGGUGCAGAGAGAUGCUACCGGAGGGCACUGAGCAUAGAUACAAGACACUAUAAUGCUUGGUACGGUCUAGGAAUGACCUACCUUCAUCUGGAGAAAUUUGAGUUUGCGCAGCACCAAUUUCAACUGGCUCUAAAAAUAAAUCCAAGAUCUUCAAUCAUCAUGUGUUACUAUGGAAUUGCUUUGCAUGAGUCAAAGAAGAACGAUGAGGCGUUGAAUAUGAUGGAGAAGGCUAGACUCACUGAUGCGAAGAAUCCGCUCCCAAAGUAUUACAAGGCUAACAUAUUAGCCAGCCUCGGUGAUUAUCACAAAGCCCAGAAAGUUUUAGAAGAGCUCAAAGAAUGUGCUCCUCAAGAGAGCAGUGUCCAUGCGUUGCUUGGCAAUAUAUACAAACAACUAAAGCUAUAUGACAAAGCUGUGUUACAUUUCGGCACUGCUUUGGAUUUGAACCCUUCUCCAUCUGAUGCUGUCAAGAUAAAGGCUUACAUGGAGAGGCUGGUAAUACCAGACGAGUUGGCAAUGGAAGAGAAUUUGUAGAUUCAUUGUGCAGGUAAAUGUAUACAUACACCCGUAUAACCCAAAGCCAUCUAUAAUUUUUCUCAUCUUGUGAUAGGAUUAAUCCUAAUACCAAACUUUGCAAAUUUCACUAACUGAUUAAAUAUUUUAGGGGUUAACUACAGAAAUUUGUAUAGAGUUGGGUUGAAAUUUGCAUUUCUUUAUUAGAACAUCUUUAUCAAUAAAACUUAUUUUUUUUCUUCC